AUGGAGUAUUCUCCGCCCGAUAACUGGGACCUUCUUUCGCUUCUUGGGUCAGUUAUAGAGUCUCCUUCGAUAUCGUCGAUGUCGGAGAUAACAGAAAAUAAUAAUGAUAGUAUGACUGGCGUGUAUGCGGAUGGUGUUUUACAGGAUGCAUGUAAUGUGGAUCAGAAUAUUAAUUAUAUGGAGGCGAGUUAUAAUAAUGUGUUGAGUGAUCAGGCGAUCCAGUCGAUCAAGCAGCAGCAAAACCAGAAUAAGUUAAUCCACUUGGAUCCUAUCCCUGACUUCAAAGAGAAGGAUGAGAUCAAGCCUUGGCUUCAGAAGAUAUUUUACCCCCAAGGUAUUGAGAUUGUGAUAGAGCGUUCGGAUAAAAUCAAGGUUGUUUUCAAAUGCAAAGCUUCUAAGAGGAGUAAGGGUACUGACUCCUCGAGCCAUGCUGGAGCGUCAGCUUCUUCGACGGCACAGAUGUCUCCUGCGGCGCAGGAAGAACAUCAGGAUUCGUCUGAAAAUGCGAUUCAACGUCGGAAGAAGAAAAGAGCAGUGUCUCCAUUCAAUACAUGUCCAUUCCGUGUACGAGCUGCUUAUUCUUUAAAGCGCAAGAAAUGGAGUAUUGUCGUUGUAAAUAAUGGUCAUUCUCAUGUUUUAAAGUUUAAUCCAGAUUCGGACGAAUAUAAGAGGUUUAAAAACAAACUUCGUGAGGAUAAGGAUUGGGAUGCGAUCAAGAAGUUUGACGAGUUGGAGUAUAGGAGUAAGUUCAACUUACCUACUGAACCGACGCCGAUUCCCUGUGAUUGUGGUAUGACACAAGAAAUCGAAUCGUUUAGCGUAGUGUUGCCCAACAAUAACAUAUUAAGCGCACCCACUUCGAUAGAUGUUGAUAGGAAGAUUGCGUCGAUGAUACAUAGACGUAUGGGUCGAAAGGUAACGCAAAGGCGGUCAGGCCUGCAUUGUGGUAUUAUCAAGUCGAAACUGAACAAAGAAACUCAAUUAACGGAAAGUAAUACGGAUACGGAUAUAGAUAUAAAGGGUAGCUCUCGAUCAGCUAAUUCAUUGAAGGAAGCGGGAUCACAGGAAUUUUCGAUGGCAGAUUAUUUGUUCCAAGAUUCCACUGAAAUUGAUUUUACAGAGGUAUUUUUAAAGCCCCUGUCUCAACUGAAGCAACAGCAGUCUGUACCUACUAAGGACAGUCAGGAGAACGCCUUCUCGGAUAAUGAUAUGAUGACCCACGAUAUGAGCCGAUCCAGUAAUCAAAUGGAAGGUAGUUCCAGUCCUAAGUCAGUUUACCUUGGAGGUAGUGAAAAUUGGAAUAUGCUUGAGAAAAUAUUGCAUGAAAAACCUAGCUCUGCUAUAUCCUCUUCUUCUGUAGUACCGCAGCAUACUAAGCCUCAUAAUCAAGCAAUGUCACGUACAUCCGCCGACAGCAUGCAAGUUGAUUCAUCUGCCCUUCUUUUUGAUCUUUCUGAUAUCUCGACACCAACUACAGGAGCGUCAACAAUGGACCCAACCUAUUCGCUAGCGACUACUGGAGAUAGUUCUUCUGCAAAGUUUAUCAGACCUGUUGGAGCUUUUAGUUUGAAUAGUCAGUGUCCCGCAGCAGCCUCGGCUUCGGGUACAAAGGCUAGCUUCAACACACUUUCUCAAGAUCCUUUAACUGGAUAUAUGGGACGUGAUUUCAAUUCUACUGUUACAAAAUCUGAUGUUUUCGAAAAAGUAGAUGAGAGUAAGCAUACGUCGACGGAAACGCUUGAGAAUGAAUCUCACUCUAACCCAGAUGGAUACAUCUGGGAUGAUAAGGUUGAUUUUGUGUAG